AUGAAACAUUGCAUCACAAUUGUCAGAUUCUCAAUUCUGGUUAAAGGCACUCUCGAAGGUCUCUUUAAUAGUUCUUGGGGUUUGAGACAAGGGAACCCUUUGUCCCUUGUCUUGUUUGUCUUAGUAAUGGAUGUGUUGAAUAGAAUGUUGAAGGCGGUGGUGGAUAGGGGCUCUAUUUCGGGCAUUUCGGUGUGUAGCUCAUCAAAUGGUGGUUUAAAUGUCUCUCACCUUCUUUUUGGUGACGAUACACUGAUUCUUUGUGAGCCGGAUCCUGACCAAAUUUGUUCCUUGAGAGCUCUAUUGCUUUGUUUCGAAGUUGUCUCCUAUCUUAGGGUGAAUUUAUCAAAAUCUGAAAUGGUUCUUGUUGACCCGGUUCAUAACCUAGGCGAAUUGGCUGCUAUCUUGGGCUGCAAUGUGUCAUCCUUGCCUAUGAAGUAUCUAGGUCUUCCCUUUGAGGCUCCUCAUAAAUCCAAGGAUUGGUGA